AUGCAGAACCCCUUGUUAAAGAGUGGCCCCAACUACAGCAUUGGCGGUGGUGAUAGAAAAGGCGCCUUGAAGGGCAAUCUGUUACAAAGAGGCAAGAGGACAGAAGUGAACACAAUGAGAAAGUUUGAGCAACCAGAGGCCACGUGGUUACUCCCUGGUUUUGUACUGGUCCCCCAGAGCAGCUACUCACUCUUGGAUCUCUUUGUUGGAGGAAGAGUUGGAGCAAGUGGUCAAGUUCACUCUUCGAGAUCAUGUGACAUAUUGGUUUAUGCAGAGAUCAAGAAAUGUCCUAGAGUGAUCGUCUUAAGCUGUGGGCCAUGGUCAUGGGCUGUGGCUAACUUAUUAAACUUUGAAAAAGUGUUCUCUUUUGGAGUCAAUAGUUUCUUUUCUAUUGACUUAAGGAUCCAAGGUUCUGAAAUAUUUACUGAGAUAGACUUGAGGGCGUUGAAACCUUACCAGGCUCUGAUCAAAGAAGUUGAGCUGAGGCACUGAGUGGACCCAGUCCUUAUUGCAACUCUCAUCUCCAGAGAAAGCCAUGGCGGAGCUGUCGUGCAAGAUGGCUGAGACCACCAGAGCCUUAAAUUUGGCCUGAUACAGCUAGCUAAAAAUAUUCAUCACCCUGUUGGAACCUGAGACAGCAAAGAGCACCUUCUGCAGGCUGUUGGGAUACUAACAGACAGAGUUAAGGCAAUCCAGAAAAAAUUCUCCAUGUGGAGUGUGGCUCAACACCUCAAAGGUGGCCUCUCGGCCUUUAAGUCAGAAAUUGAAGCCAUUGUCACUCCUGCGGACACAGAGACUUACUUGGUCAAUGACCUUCUCACCUGAGCUAAAUUUUAUAAAAGACAUGGUUUCUAGGCAAAGCUCUAUGGGUGGGCCAGGAUGGCCAGUGCUCAGAUGGCUCCUCUUUGAAGGUUAGACAUGGAUGUGUUGUACCCACACACACACACAACCUCCCUUAAUGUCAACAUUCCUCGCCACAGCUAUGUGUUUGUUGUAAUCGAUGAACUUGCACUGACACAUCA